GCUGUCAUGUCUGAAAAAGAGUUUGGAGAAGAUCAGCCAGUGGGACAUCAAGACAUGGAGUCCAUCAGGAAAGAAACUCUUAGAGGAGAUGGACACUAGAAACACGUCAACUGUCUCUGACCCUCGUGCUAAAGACCUCCAUGAGACACACAGACAGGCUGUGUCUGAAUCCACAAGAACUCUGGGGCUCAGGCUUGUCCUGGAGAUCUACACACCACAGCUGUGGGCUUUGAGACUCGAUACACAGAGUUGGUGGCCAUUGAACAGGACCCUAGAAACCAUAAGGUGACUAAACAUGAACUUGUGAAGACUGGGAGGAUCCAUGAAGAGCUCAUGAAGAAAGGAGCAGCAGAGAAAUGUGAGCGAAUCUGGAUUGAGCAGCUGUUUAGGAAAAGUCCUGUAAGUGUAAAUCCAGUCAACAUCAUAGUGGUCAGUGGGAUCGCCGGAAUAGGGAAGACCACCAUGAUUCAGAAGAUCAUGUAUGACUGGGCCAGAGGCACUCAGUACCAAAGGUUUGCAUUUGUGUUCUUGUUUAAAUUCAGGGAGCUCAACCUCCUGGACAAUGAGCCACAGAUGUCUCUGACUGCACUGAUUGAAUGGCACUAUAAACAUCUCACUCAUGACAAACUAAUAGAAAUCCUGCAGAAACCUGAAUCUCUGCUCUUUAUACUCGAUGGACUGGAGGAAUACAAACACAAACUGGACUUCACACACAGUCAGCUCUGCUCAGACCCAGAUGUUGAGGUGCCUGUACACAUCCUGGUCACCAGUCUGGUCAGUCAGACAUUACUGAAGGGCUGCUCAGUCCUGAUAACAAGCAGACCAACAGCCCUGGAAGCCAUGGACAUGAAAAUAGUCGAUCAGUUUGUAGAGAUCCUGGGGUUCUUCCUUGAUCAAAGGCUGAUGUACUGUAAGAAUUUCUUUGUUGACACUGCUCUGGCUGCUGAGGCUUUUCAGUAUGUCAAGAAGAACACCAUCCUGUACUCAAUGUGCUUCAUCCCCUCGUACUGCUGGAUGAUCUGCUCUGUGUUGAAGAGACACUUCAUGACACCCGAAAAAGCCAAAAGUGAAGCUCUGCAAGUAGGUCAGUGGCUCUGUGAGACUCAGAAUAAGGUGUUAAUUAGAGAGAUCAUUGGACAGGAUUUAAAGAUGAACUUUAGAAGCCCCACGUUAUCUGAUGUGGACUGUGCUGUGCUGACCGCUGUCAUCAGCUGCUGUGGAGAACUUAAAGAACUUAACCUGUCAGGCACACCUCUGACCACCGAGUGCAUCAAGAUACUGGAGCCGGGGCUCAGCUGCUGCAGUAAAGUCUGGCUCCAGUCAUGUGAUCUCACCUCCACUUGUUGCUCAGCUCUCUCCUCAGCUCUCUCUGCUCCAAACUCACGGCUAACUGAACUGUCACUGAGUAAGCACAAUAAUAUAGAGGACUCAGGAGUGGAGCAGCUGUGCGAGGGGCUCAGGAGUCCAAACUGUAAACUGGAGACACUGGGGUUGUGGUCUUGUGGUCUCACCUCGGCCUGCUGCUCAGCUCUCUCCUCGGUCCUCUUGUCUCCAAACUCACGGCUGACAUAUCUGAACCUGUACAACAACAACCUGGGAGAUUCAGGGGCUCGUCAGCUGAGUGAGGGGCUCAGGAGUGACAACUGUAAAUUAACAAACCUGUGGCUAUUUGGUAAUGAGAUCAGUGAGAGUGAGAAGAGCAACCUGAAGUCACUACAGGAGCAGCUGAGGAGAUCUGGACGUCACCUGACUAUCAACAUAUGAGUAGACCCCUGCAGUGGUGAUCAGAUCGACCCCCUGUCAGUGAUGGAGCCCCCCAUCCACUUACCCCUAAAUUCUCUUCUUUCUUCUUUUUAUUCUCCUCUCUGCUCUGCUAAUUUAAUAAAGUCUUAAUGUCCCCUCA